AGGAAAAGAAAAAAGGUCUACAGAAUAGAAGAGGAAAAAAAAAAAAAGAAGAGGAGAAAACUCUCUUCCCCCUUCUCUCUCUCUCUCCCCCCCUGCAACUCUCUCUCUCUCUCUCUCCGAUCCAAGAUAACCACUCAAUAUCCGUGUCCCAAAUUUUGAAUCAGAAGAUAAAUUGAUAGACCUGAGUUUGAACUUCAGUCUUGUUGUGUUUCUUCUACAUGGAUGAACGGAGUCGAAUGGAUCAUCAUCUCAGACACUGGGGGUUCCCUGGGCAACCGGUGAAUGGAAAUCCAAUGUUAAAAUCAUUGGCCGGUGCUACUGUCCUAGACAGCUCGGUAACAGUUGCAGAGCGCACAGCUACAGUCAUGCUAAAUGGGGCUUUUGCAGAUAGAAAACCUUCGUAUGCUGAAGCUCAAGUGGCUGCAUCCUCUAUGGGAUUCCCAGGACACCGCUGGCCUGUCAUGCCCUCCAAUAUGCAUCCAGCUCAACCUCCCAAUGACAAUCCAGACAGCAGGGUUAAGGAAACACAAAGUGUUCUUGGAGUACCAUCACAGGAAGUGAACAAUGGUAAUACGACUUCUAAACCAGGAAAAGGUAGAAAGCCGCGAGCUUCUACAAAAACAUCUAACAGCUCUGCACCGAAAGCUUCCAAACCAAAGCAGUCGAAGAAGAAGGAGUCUUUACCCACCAACAAAGAAAGUGGCCGCAUUCCACGUGAGAAACCUGAUAAAAAGAGCCUUGACAUUGUCAUUAACGGGGAAACUUAUGACAUUUCAAGUAUACCAGUACCAGUUUGCUCCUGCACCGGUGUCCCUAGGCAGUGCUAUAAAUGGGGAGUUGGUGGAUGGCAGUCCUCAUGCUGCACCACAAGCUUGUCUGUUUAUCCUCUGCCACUGAACAAUACAAGACCUGGAGCACGUAUAGCUGGACGAAAAAUGAGUAACGGAGCAUAUAGGAAAGUAUUAGAAAGAGUAGCAGCUGAAGGUCAUGAUCUUUCUACUGCAAUUGACUUGAAAAAUUAUUGGGCCAAACAUGGUACAAAUAAAUUUGUUACAAUCAGAUAGAUGAGUCGCUGAUGCUCCUCUUUCCCUGUUAAUACUAUUUCAUGCUUUUUGUGUGAACCAUGGUUGCCUGCUCACUGUAACUUUUGCAUGCGUAACAGACAUGCUAUAAAUCAAGUAUGGGAUUUUAGGCCCAUUGUCUUGUCA